AUGGCUCGGCUUCGAUAUCUGCAAACUGCCAUUUUGAGCUUAUUGCUCCUUCAAGCAGGCCAGAUUGACUCUGCCGUUGUUCCUAGAGAACCAGCAACACAACCAGGAUUUUUCAGUGUAAGAUCGACAAACCCAUUGGAGUUCAAGUACAGCACUUCAGAGCCGGAUUCCCAGAACUGGAUUGGCGUCUACCAUCCUUCCGGCGGCGGACCUGACAAUGGUGUCAAGGCCGAGGAUUCCCUGAAAUGGAGCUAUGCAACACAGGCAGACGGCGUUCUUCAACUUUCGACCGAUGGUCUUGCUACAGGAUCUUAUAAGGCUUACUUCCUCGCCAAAAAUGGCUACAAGUGGCUUUCAGAGCCAGUCUACUUCGCUCUCGGUGAAAAUAUGCCGGGCACUCUUAGUCUUGCGUCAACAAAGCCACUCAAGUUUGAUUACAAAACCUCAAAAUCAGGGUCAAAGAACUGGAUUGGUCUUUAUUUUGCGUCAGCCGGUGGGCCAGAGAACGGCGUCUUUGAUCAGCCGUCCAUUCGAUGGUCAUAUGCCCCUGGAGCGCACGGCUCCGUUGAAUUCGACAAUGAUGGACUCGGCUCCGGUCAAUACAAGGCAUACUUUCUCGCAGAUGACAAGUAUGAAUCACUUUCUGCACCAGUUCAAUUUGCCUUGGGAGACGCAGGCAAGUUGCCCGGCUCCGUGAGCGCAGACUAUAGCAGAGCACCUCUGAAUAUCAAGUACACAACCACACAGUCCAAUGACAAGAACUGGAUCGGAUUGUACCAUGCUGAUGGAGGCGGCCCUGAGAAUCAAGUCCAGGAUCAGCCGGCUUUGACUUGGAACUGGGCUCCCAAGUCCAUCGGCGAGAUCACUUUGUCGAUAAAGGCGCUCAAUCCUGGGGCAUACAAGGUCUUUUUUCUUGCCAAUGGCGGGUACAAAUGGGUAUCCGAGCCUGUCGUUGUACGGGUACGAAAUUCAGCACCAUUCAGCUUCAUUGUCAAUUCAAUUACGACCAAGAACGCUCGUCAGGGUGAUAGGUUUGAGGCAAGCCUGGAGAAUCUCGUCAGUCAGCCUGGCGAUGUUGAUACCAAGUUUACAGUGACUCGUGGGGGAGACUGGGCCACAAUCAGUCCUUCUGGUGUGAUCAGUGGUACACCGCCACCUGGAGCAAAGGAUACUACACUUCAAGUUGAAGCAAAGAACGCGAAUGGCGCUAUUGCAUCGGUUGCAGUACGCAUUCCCGUUAAACCUGCCGGUUCGUCGCUGGUUGACCAGUUAAGGGUUCUGACGUUCAACCUUUGGCAUGGGGGUACGCAGGUUACCAAUUACCAUGAGAAACAGGUACGCUUCUUGGUAGAUAAGGAUGUGGACAUUGCCGGAUUCCAGGAGAGUACUGGUGGCCACGGGACUCGUCUUGCUCGAGCCCUCGGCUGGUACUCGUGGCAGGGGCCUGAUGUUUCCAUAAUAAGUCGGUAUCCCAUCACUCAAGUCUUCUCAGCAACGUCCAUGUCGGGAUCAGUCAAGAUUUCCUUGGAUGGCUCCCGGAGCGAGAUUGUCGUCUGGAAUGCCCACCUUGGCUAUGACCCUUAUGGUCCAUACGAUUUCUGCUUCGACAGGAUGAGCGUGAGCCGCGUAAUGGAGCGGGAGGCACAAUCGGGACGCACUCCCCAAAUUCAAGAGAUCACUCAAAAAAUGGGGGACCAUCUGUCAAAUGCCGGCAAUGUGCCCGUUUUUCUUCUGGGAGAUUUUAACGCCCCGUCUCAUUUGGACUGGACGGGCGCCACCAAGAGCCAGCAUUGUAACGUUGGUGAUGUUCCAUGGCCCACGUCCAAGUAUCCAACCGACGCUGGGCUAAUCGACUCAUUCCGCGUGGCGUAUUCUGAUCCAGGGGCAAAUCCAGGUAUUACUUGGUCACCUAUCUACCUCAAUAACAACGGCAGAGCAGAACCAUUGGAUCGAAUCGACUUUGUCUACCACAAGGGUCGCAAACUAAGCGUGCAAGGCUCCGAGGCACUUGUGGUAGGCAACCCAACGCCCGAGCCAAAUCACGGCAAUAAUGAAUGGACAUCAGAUCACAAGGCGGUGUUGACAACCUACAGGAUAACUUUGUAG